AUGACGCUCUUUGGGAAAAUUAUUGUCAUUAAGCGGAAUGGGACUGAUGGAAUUAGUUUUCCACUCACUGCGAGUUCUUGUUUAUUUGGAAGGAGAGCAGAGUGUGAUAUUCGCAUCCAGUUGCCUCAGGUCUCAAAAGAACAUUGUAAAAUUGAAGUAAAUGAAAACAAGGAGGCAAUAUUGACUAAUUUAAGUACAGUAAAUCCCACACAGCUGAACGGGGCUGGUUUCCAGCAGCCUGUGACUCUGAAGCAUGGUGAUGUGGUAACCAUUAUUGAUCGGUCUUUCAGAUUUGAAUAUCCUCUGCAGGCAACUCCAAGAAAGAGGCGUUCCCGGUCUCCGAAAGAUGAAACACUGCAGGUUCUUCAUGUUCAGCAGGUGGCAGAAGUGGAAUUACAAACUUUGGGAUCUAAAAGUCCUCAUGCUUCAGAUAAUGCUGAGUGCAAAGGAAAAGAUGCCAAUGAAAAUAAGCAAAGUACAGAGGAAAAUAUUUCCAAGGCUUUACCCGUCAAAGUACAAACACCCAAAUCUUCACACAGAAUAGAUGAGUCUGCUAAAAAGAAGAAUUCACUGUCUCCCUUUAGUAAACUCUAUGAAAAGAUGAAAAAUGAGAUAAAAGUGAAAAAACCUCUUCCUGGGGGAAAUGCAACUCAAGAAGGUGCAAAAGGAGAUGGGAAGAAUGUUCCUCUAGAACCAAGCACUCAGAUUUCAUUGUCAGGUUGUGUUUCUGAUCUUAGAAACCUGUCUAAAGAACAAGAGAGAGACAGAAGUGAAAAUAUUGAAGAAUGUAAGGUAGAAAUCAAGCAAGAUGUGAUCACUUCAGAGUUUAACGAGGUCUCAGCUGUUGGAAGUGCUACCAAGAAGAGUUUUAUCAAAAGUCCUCGAACACCCAUUUCAAAGGUGUCAAGAGAUACUGGUGAAAGAAGCCUCUUACAGGAUCAUAAGGAGCCAAGUACAGCAGGGAAGUCUGGAAGUAAUGGAGUUACAACCAAACCCCGUCAGGAGAAUGAUGGAAGUACAGUGUUUUCACUGAAGCCAUGCUCUAUAAUAUGCUUGGGUUAUGCAGGUGAAAUGAAAAUGCACAGCUCUGCAACAGCCUUGGAUAAACCAGCACAACCAGGUAAUGCCACAAAUGUUUCUGAAGUUGAUCGGUAUGUUCUGUCUACACCAACGUCGAGAAGGAAGAGUCCUCGGUCUAGUUUUGUGUCACCUACCAGAGAGAGUAGUGGAAUGGAUUCUGUAAUCACUGAUACUCCAACACCUCGACGGCGUGUGUCCCUGAAAUGUAGGUCUCUCUCAGGAGCUGCAGCUGAGACUCAAAGAGAAGAUUCACUGUCCAUAAGUGACAGCCUCAAACAACUGCCUUUGGCAGAAAAUAAGAGUUUGAAACAAAGACGAAGCAGUAAACAGCAUACACCAGGAAAACCUGCUGAAGUGCUGAAAGAGAUCUGUGACCAGGCAAAUGUUGUGAACUCAAAAGAGGAACAUUUGGAACCUCCUGCCCGUUCUAAUUCCAGGAGUCCCAGAAGAAAUAACCGGGAAAGUCAAGAACUGUCAAAUAAAAUAGUCCAUUUGGACACACUGGUUUCAGAAGAGUUCACAUCAGAGCUGUCAUCUCCUGCUAGUCACAGAUGUGGCUCUGGCAGAAAAAGGGGUAGGCCAAGAAGCUCUGGGCUGCUCACUGGGAAACCAUUAGAGACAAAUGCUCCUCUAGAACACCACGAUAAACCUACAGACAGAAGAGACAGUGGAAUGAAAGAAGAGGUGGCCAUCAAGGAGGAUCACCAGGAGCAAGGUUUGGAAGAUGCUGGAGUAACAAGACCUCGUAGAUUGUCAUCAAAGAGGAAGUCCUCUGGAGGCACUGGUCUACUGAAAGACACUGAAGCUGUCUCAGAAAUGAAUAUUUCUGACCUGUUGGCUGGAGAAGAAUCAGGCAAGGCAACAAAGAUGUCUCUGAAGAGGAAAAGUGGUGAAGUGGUACUUCAGCCUUCAGGAAAAAGAAAGAGAGUGUCUUUUGGUGGUCACCUGAGCCCAGAGCUUUUUGAUAAAAGCUUGCCUCCCAACUCACCCCUUAAAAAAGGUGCCAUUCCUGCCCGGCUGAGCCUGCCCUGUGGAAACUCGCCACGCGCUGUCCUCAAAAAGGCUCAGGGAUUGAAGCACUUUGCAGUCCAGGAACUUCCUGAACGUCUGCAGAAAGAAAAAUUGUCACCAAAAAAUCUGCCAGCUCAGAAGUCCCCAAGUGCCUCGUCCCCUUCCUCUGGGAGGGCAACACCUAAACUGCCUGCAGGCUCCCCAGCACCUUACAAAAAGGGCCGUUUCUCCGUUUCUCACAUCAUGGCACCUCUACCAACUGUAGAAGAGAGAGAUGCUGUUCAAGAAGCCACGAAUACAGAGGAGGAAGAUGGUGCCUUAGUGAAAACACCUAAAUCUUCUCUCAUUAACCAAAAUGAUAAACCUUUUUUGACGGCUACGCCUGACAAACUAACCAGAAGUGCCCAACUUGCUCUGAAGGUUCCUUCCAUGAGGAGAAGUGGGGCUGUAGCAGUUUUCAAUGCAAAAAGAAGAAGUGGUGCCUCCAGCGCCAAUCUAUUAGUGGCAAAAUCUUGGGCAGAAGUGGUAAAAUCAGGGGUUGCAAGACCACAAGCAAAGGCUGUUAAAAAGAGUGUCCGGAAACGAAGACUCCGAAAGAAGACAACCCAGUCACCAAAGACUCCAGAAAGUAAAAUAAGAGGUCAUUUUAGCACAGGACAUGCAGAGUCACCUGCUACAAUAGUUGUAGGUAGAGCUUAUGCCACCACAGUCAGAACAAGUGGACGUGUCCCUAAAGUGGUGAAAAAUCCUAUCUUGAAGCUAAACAUGAAUAUGGACGAAAGCUUCACAGGGAUGGCUGAAAUGUUUCAAACUCCAGAAAAUCCGAGUGGAAAAACGUUACCUUUGGCUGCUGUUCAGAAGGUGGAUUUUACACCAACAUGUGCUGCAGUGGAUCUUUCUGAGCUGCACACUCCUGAAGAAACUGGAGAGAUGAUGGUGUCACCUUUGAAUAGUUCAGAUGCUUCAGAACACAAACAAGAUAGUCCAGGCAUCUGUCACUUUUUGAGAGAGGAAUCACCUUUGAAGUCUGUAUUUGAUGCAGUAGCCACAAAAACUCCUGAAAAACGGAAUGCUAUGCUGGAAGAAAAUACUGGUGGGAAUAGUUUGUCAGCAACUCCAGGAAAACAACCACCUCGAGGGAAGUUAGGAAGUAGAAGGAGGACUCCAAAGCAGAAACUGGAGCCAGCUGAGGUCAUGUCAGGCGUCAGGCAGCUGUUAAGGACCCCAGAGGAAAGGUCUGAAGCAGCUGAGGCCUUAUCGGGCAUCAGGCAGCUCAUGAAGACCCCGAAGCAGAAGCCAGAGCCUGUAGAAGCUUUAUCAGGCAUCAGGCAGCUCAUGAAGACCCCAAAGCAGAAGCCAGAGCCUGUAGAACCUUUGUCAGGCAUCAGGCAGCUCAUGAAGACCCCGGAGGAGAAGCCAGAGCCUGUAGAACCUUUAUCAGGCAUCAGACAGCACCUGAGGACACCAGAGCAAAAGUCAGAGCCAGCUGAAGUCCUGUCAGGCAUCAGGCAGCUCAUGAGAACUCCAAAGCGUAAGUUGCAGCCUGUGGAGGCUUUGUCGGGUAUCAGGCAGCUCAUGAGGACACCAAAGCAGAAGGUGGAGCCUGUAGAGGAUUUGUCAGGCAUCAGGCAGCUCAUGAAGACCCCAAAACAGAAGGUGGAGCCUGUGGAGGAUUUGUCAGGCGUCAGGCAGCUCAUGAAGACCCCAAAACAGAAGGUGGAGCCUGUAGAGGAUUUGUCAGGCAUCAGGCAGCUCAUGAAGACCCCAAAGCAGAAGGUGGAGCCUGUAGAGGAUUUGUCAGGCAUCAGGCAGCUCAUGAGGACACCAAAGCAACAGUCAGAGCCAGCUGAAGUCUUAUCCGGCAUCAAGCACCUCCUGAGGACCCCGCAGCAGAAGCCAGAGCCAGCUGAGGUCCUGUCCGGCAUUAAGUUGCUCAUGGAGACCCCACAGCAAGAGUUGGAACCUGUUACAGAUGAAAGUGCCUUUGAAAGAUUGCUGAAGGCUCCAGUGCAAACCAGGGAAGCAGUUACUUUAACCAAGAAAACUCCAAAGGUGAAAUAUCAACCAGUAGAAGACAUGGUUGGGGUCAGCCGCAUUUUCAAGACACCGAAGGACAAAGCUGAACCCACAGAAGAUGUGUUUGAUGUUAGUAGACUAAUGAAGACUCCAAGAGAGAAGUAUCAACCAGUUGAUGAUUUUGUGGGUCUGCAAAGGCUUAUGGCAGAGCCCAGGCAAAAAUGCUCUGACUCUGAAGUGGACUAUGCUGGAGUUAUGGAGAUGUUUGAUGCACCAGAGGAAACUGAGGUCAAAUUGGUGAAAGCUAUGGAUUCCAAGCAAGAAGAUGCUGCACCUUUUUGUGCUGAUUCCACUAGUAAAUGUGAAGACAAAGGAAAUAUUUCAGAAGGUGAAGAAUGCCAGCAGAAGGAAUCAGCUAGUGCAGUUCAGUCUACCCAGGGAAGAAGGGGCAGACGAAGGAAGAGAGUACAUCCUGCUUCAGCAGAGCACUGCAAAAGGGAAUUGAGUUUAAGAGAAUUGCGAAGUGUGGAAAAAAAGAGCACCCAAGAGGAGACAGAAGCUAAAAAUGAAAGAAGAGGAAGGAGAGCCAACCGUCAUAUACAAGAAGAAACUGUUUCAGAGCCUCCUGAGCAGGAAAAAGUUGAUAUUGUUUCAUCUGUGGAACCACAUGGAGCUACUCAAAGACUCAGAAGAGGUAAAAGGAGAGACCAGAAGGAGUUAAAACAUCCAAGUGAGAAUCCCCAGACUUGUGAUAAGGAUUCUUCUGUGCUGCAAGAGAAACAGACUUUGCAGGAGUGUGGCAUCAGUGACGUAGUGGAAACUGAAGAUGGUCCAAUCAUAAAGACAGGAAGUGCACCGAGUAGCACUCCAAAUGAAAACUGUCAACUGCAAACAGAUUUAAAAGAAACUGAAAGCAAAUCUAAUGAAGGUGGUGUUGAAGACAGUGAAAAAAUGCUUCUGUCACCUAGGAGCAGAGUUAGAGGAGUAAGAAAAGUAGCAAGCCCAGAACCAUUGAUUCCACCUAAAAGAGGAAGAAGAGCUAGAAAUGACCAAGUUCAACAAACUGCUUCAGAGACCCUCCACAGGACAACAAGGAAACUUCGUAAAGACCCAUCAGAAAAGAUGCUACAAAGAGAAGAGACUUUUGUCAAAGAUACUGAGACUGCCACAGCAGAAGAACCUGAAAAUGGAACUAAACUUGAAAUAAAGAUACCAGAGAGAAGAGUGAAGACUUUAAGAAGUGCUGGGAAGUACUCAACUGAAGUAAAAGCAGACAUUGGUGGGAUGGCACUUGAAAAUAUACAAACCAUUCAGAAAACUGAGGAAAGCUCGGCUGAAGCUGGUACUGAAUCCAUUAAAAAUGAGGUGAAAGCAUCUCAGGGAGAUGAAACAGAAAAUGCUCAGGAAAAUACAACAGAGGCAUCUCAAAAAUUAAAGGCAGAGUCACCUUCUGGAGAGGCAAACAGAAAGCCAGUUACUGCAAACAGAAGUGCAGUGAAGGAAACAGCAAGAACUAGAAACAGGAGAGGCAAAAGACACUCCUUGGAGAAAAAGUCUGAUGAAUUUUCCACAGAUACAAAGAACCUAGAACAGACUGCUCCCCAAAUCAAGUCAGAAGCAGAAGUGGGUGAAUCUUCUCUCAAAGAUUCUAUGGGCUCUGUUUGUGUCAAGAAUACCUACCAAGUCAUGAAGGACCAGAACACCCCAACUGCCACACCAGAACCUGCUGCAGACAGUGAUGCUCUUGCUCAGAGCCGUCCAAAGCGGACAAGAAAUGACCAAAGAAUAAAAACCACAAAGCAAACUGAAACCCUGCAAGAGAAUCAAGCCCACAAGCGUGGACUGGCAUGUACAAGAGGUAGAGGUAGAAAAGUUAAAUUUGAUCUUGAAGAAGCCAGUUCCAAAGCGGUAGAAGGAAACAAGAGUUUACCUGAGGAUGACAGAGGAAUGACUGACAAAGAGAGUCUACAAGAGCCUUCAGAAAAUCCUUCAUCACAAAUAAGGAGGAGCAGAAGAAAACAAGCUGAUACUAUUCCACAAAUAACUUGUUCUACCCUUAUGGAAAAACAAACAUUAACUGCAGAGCAUAGUAAAGAUGAGGCUUCUACAAAGGAGCAAGAUUCAGCUUUGGAAACUGCUCCCACUUCAACAGAAGACAUUCCACAGAGACGAGGGAGAAGACGAGAGGUUGCUGCAGCAUCACAAACAUCUCGAUCUCUUUCUACCAGAAGAAGAUGUGUGUUGCUGGAAGGUGAUGGUAAAAAAGUGACUGUAAGAGAAGAUCAAAAUCCAGCUUUGGGAAAUGAAACUUUGCAGGCAAAAGCAAAUGCAUCAGCAAGAGACGAAAGGGAAAAGACUGAUCUAGCAGCAGAGGCAAAAAGUUCAUCUCCUCCCCAGAGGAAGAGUGACUUGUCAGAAACUCAUGGUAAAGAGGAGGGCACCUGUGAAGAACAAAAUGUGCCUUUGGAGACAGUGUCCUGUGCAAAAGAGAAGCCAUUGAGAAGGGGCAGAAGGAAACAAACUGCUCUGGCAUCACACACAGAUAGUUACAUUCCUCUUAGAGGAAAACGUGGUUUGCCAGCAGAAAACGGUAGUGAAGAAGCGCCUAAAGAAGAUCAAAAUGUUCCAUUAGAAACUUCUGAUUCGUCUGUAAAGCAAAAUCAACUGAGAAAAAGCAGAAGGAAAGAAGCUGUCCUCUCGUUAGAAGCCACAAGUUCUGCUUCUCUUGAGGGAAAACAAGGCUUAGCAAAAGAAAGUGGUAGAAAGACUAGUCAUAGGGGAGCAAAAAAGCUGCUUUUGGAGAAUUCUAUUUCCCAAGAAAAAAACAAUCCUUCAAAAGGGAACGCGAGGGAAACAAUCACCACACAGGCUGUUAGUUCCACCUCACCUCAGGCUUUGCCAGAAGAGGGUAAGAGUGAAAAUCCUGAAGAACAGCAGAGUGUACUAGAAGCAGCUCCAUCUGCAAAAGAAAAUCCAUCAGGAGUGGGCAGAAAGAGAACAACUUCUUCCGCAUCUAAGGAAACUAGUUCAACUUCUCUGGGGGAAAAACCUGUCUUGCCCAAAGUCAGAGGCCAAAAGAGGAUUCGGAAAGAAGAGAAAGGUACAUCUCUAGAAAAUAACUCAUCUCAGGAAAAAACAAGGCAACUGAGGAAUAAAAAUAGAAGGGUACAAUUCAAAUCGGAGGCAGCUACUUCCACUCCUCAAUGCAAAAACAGUGACUUGCCAGAACGUGGCAAAGCUUCAGAAACUCAAGAGAUGUGUUUGACAUCCACUGGUUCUGAGGGAAAUCAUCAGCCUGGAAAAGGAGAAGAGAAUACCCCUGCACCACAGGCAACUCCCCCUUCUCGCAAUAGGAAACGUUGGUUGCCAGCAGAUGAUUUGCCAACCAAAAGACUGAAGUCAGAAAAUGAUGGAAACCCAGCACCACAAAAAGGAAAAAGACACAAAGAUAAAGAAGAGCCUGAAGGGAAUUUAAGAGCUACUCGGAGUGCUGGAGGGAUGGACAGGAAGACAAGAUCAAGCACAAGAACAAGUGCAAAAGCAAGAAAAUAGUCUCAACAACAGUCACAGCCCCAGUUUUUAAAUCAAUUCAGUAACUGAAAUGUCAGGUUCUUAAUGUGAAUUGAUUUGCACUUGGAUUUUAAGCUCAGAUUUUGUAAAGCAAUCAUUGAAUUGUGUUAUGAAAAGAUAUUUCUUAUUGUGUUUACAGGUAGGAUGUAGAUUCUGGUUUUAAUAGUUUCAUGUCUAGUGGUCUCUGACCCAUGGGGUGCUUGUGCAAAUCUGUAAACCUUAAGCCUAAAUCUGUUUAUACCAGUAUUUAUCCCUUUUUCUGUUGAUCAGCAGCCAGGAAGCCAUAUUACUUUACUGCUAGUUUAAUUGUAAGCUAUUUUCUGCUUAGAUUUUAAUGUGCUUAAGUCUGAUUUUUCACGACAGUUCUGUAAAUAUUCUUUAAAAGAAGCUCUGGAUGUAUCAGCAGAAUUCUGAUGCUGAAUUUUUAAUAAGUUUUAAAAAAACCCUUAAGUUCAUUGUAUUGAAAAAUGCAGUUUUGUGGAAGUCAUUAAAUUUGUAAAC